AUGAAGCGGCGGCGCGGGACGGACCCGGGCCCGGAGCCGGAGCGGGGCUGCUUGCGGACCUGGACCGCCCGCAGCCAGGAGCUGGUCGGGCGAUGGACGACGGUGCGGUGCGGCGGAGAGACGCGGCGGGCCUGCCGGCAGCUGCGAGACGAGCUCUGGGAGCUGCUCCGGAGCAUCCGCGUUUAUGAACAUUGCUCCUCCGGUUUCAGCUACAGUAUCCCAGUGCUGGAAACCAGCCAAGGACUGCCAGCUGCCCUCCCUGCCCUGCCUCUGGAACUCACUGUCCUCUACAACUCCCUGCUUUUCACUGUGGGAGCAUCUGACUCUGCCAUCAAAGGAGAAGCAGAAGGAAUACGCCAGGGGCUCCUCAGGGUUCUGGAGGCUUGUGGGGCCUGUGGACAGGAUCUUGGCACGGAGGAGCUGUGGGAAAAGGUGCUGCAGGAGGUAACCGUGGAGGAGCUGCAGGCACCUCUGCACCGCCUGGGGGCCCUGCAAGCAGCCUGGUGGCUGGCAGCCAGCCAGCUGGGAAGUGUUGCUGGCCUCUUCCAGCUCCUGAGCACUGCUGAGGACCUGGGAAGAGCUCACUGCAGUGAGGGGCAGAACAAGCUCCUCUCCCUGAUCAAGGCAUGGCGGGUCCCUCCUGAGGGGGCCUCCCUGCCCCUUGUACAAAGCGCCAAGGACUUGAAGGAAAUCCUCUGCACUGCAGCAGCCUUCCUGCAAGGGCUGCAGGAGCUGGAGGCUGGGAACUUCCCCACCGCCCUUUCCCUCCUUCAGGAAGCUGCAGGAGGAUUCUGCUCCAAGAAUAUCCUGGCCCAGAUCUACACCUGCCUUGGCUGCUGUGCUCAGCAAAUGGGCAAGCCUCAGACAGCACUUCAGCACCUGAAACGGGCUCUCCAGGUAGAUUUCCAGUGCCUUCCUGCCCUGUCCCACGUGGCAGUGGUGUACCAUGACCUGGGAGAGACCGAUGCCGAGCUGCAGGCCCUGACCCUGCUCUACGAGGCUCUGGGAAAAAGCCUUCCAGCAGCUGCUUCCUCUAGUCCCUGUUUCCUAAUGCAAGCAGAGCUGCUUGUCCACACACCAGUACUCACUUCCCUCCUUCGCCGUCACCACCCCUCGGAGGUGAAGUACCUUCUGGCACAGCGGUGUCUCCAGGAUGGGAGGGUGGCUGAUGCAGUGGAACAUUACCUGGAUUUUCUGUCUCUCCUUCAGGAGGGGCUGCAGCAGCAGGUGCCCCUGGAUGGCAGCUCAGCUCUGCCCAGGAUCCCAGAGGUGUUUUUGGAAGCAGCAUCUGCCUUGGAGCAGGCUGGGAGGCACCAGGAUGCCAUAACUGUGUGUGAGGAGGUCAUCAGCCGGACAACUGACCUCAUUCCACAGGUGUUACGAGUGGAGCAGAGGCUGGAGCAGUCAGAGUCCUCAUUGCCGGGGGCAGAACUGGCAGGUGGACUCCUGUCCCAGCAGAAGGAGAGCCUGUGCUGCCUUGCCUGGAGAGCAGCUGGAUACCUGCACCAGGGCUGGGCAUGGGCCAAGCUGGGCAAGAGCAAGGAGGCUGUAACACAGUUCAGCAGGUGCCUCAGUGAUCUCCUGCGUGUCCAGCUUCAUGGGUCUGGCAUCAAACAGACAGAGAAUCUCCAGCCAGAAGUGGAGGUGCUCCAGAAGAUCAGGUUGCUCUCUCUCCUCGGGCGAGGUACGCAGUUCCUGGAGCUGGGGAGGAACAAAGAAGCUCUGUUGGAUUUCCAGCACAGUUUGCAUAUCUCACCAGGUGACCCAGCUGCUGCCUCCUACCUGGUGCAGGCCUUGUGGAAGCUGAACCGGAAGCAGGAGGCGGCUGCUCAGUGGCAGAAGUUCUCCCAGAACUGCCCUGCAGAGGAUGGGCAGCAGCAAGGGCAGGGAAGGCCCCUCCCUUUGUACCUGGUUUCAUGUCUGGAGCAGGCAGUGUUCCCUCACAGUGAAGCUCUUGCCAGGAGCAUACAGGAUUACCUCGGGGCAGCAGCCCAGGACACCCCAAGCUGACCUGGUCAUGCCCCCCAUACCCAUCUGCUGAGGUCUCCCUGCACUUGGCUGGCACAAGGCCUUUAAGAACUCCUUCAAAACUCAGAAUUACUUUGUCGUGAAGCUAGAUUCGGAAACAGAUCUCUUUUUCUAAUAAACAACUCAGCUC